AAUUAGAUUCUCUCGACCUAACCACAUAACUCCCAUCACUCACCACCGGAUAACUUCCGUCGUCGUCGUCGUCUUCCGCCGCAGGUUUUCUCUCCAUGGCCGGCGUUAAUCUACAUCUCCGUCACUCCGUUGCUCAAUUGUUUCCAGCUGUUUCUUCUUCCCCUCCUCCUCCUCCUCAACUCGGAAUCUCACCUUCUCGUGUUCUCUUCUCUAAUCUCCGAGCUAACUCCGCCGCCGCUCUAUCCCUGCGAACCACUCGUCGCUCGAACACUGUAUCCGCGUCUCCCGUCGGUUCUUCCACCUCCUCGGAUUCGUUGACGGGAGAUGGAGACGAAGCGGGAAGGAGGACGCCUUUGCUCGAGGUGAAGGAUCUGAGAGCUGUGAUUGUCGAAUCGAGGCAGGAGAUACUAAAGGGAGUCAACUUGGUUGUCUACGAAGGAGAGAUACACGCAGUGAUGGGGAAGAAUGGUUCAGGGAAGAGCACAUUCUCUAAGGUUCUUGUUGGUCAUCCUGAUUAUGAAGUGACGGGAGGGAGUAUUGUAUUUAAAGGGGAGAAUCUACUUGAUAUGGAACCUGAGGAAAGAUCUCUUGCUGGUUUGUUUAUGAGUUUCCAGUCCCCAGUUGAGAUCCCUGGUGUUAGCAAUAUGGAUUUCUUGAAUAUGGCUUUCAAUGCUCGCAAAAGGAAGCUUGGCCAGCCAGAGCUUGAUCCAAUCCAGUUCUACAGCCACUUAGUAUCAAAACUUGAAGUUGUGAAUAUGAAGACGGAUUUUUUGAACCGGAAUGUGAAUGAAGGGUUUAGUGGUGGUGAAAGGAAACGCAAUGAGAUUCUACAGUUAGCGGUCCUCGGAGCCGAGUUGGCUAUACUGGACGAGAUAGAUUCAGGGCUGGAUGUUGAUGCUCUUCAAGAUGUGGCAAAGGCGGUGAAUGGGCUUUUGACACCAAAAAACUCUGUUCUGAUGAUAACCCACUAUCAACGCCUACUUGACUACAUCAAACCAACACUCAUACACAUCAUGGAGAAUGGAAGAAUCAUUAAAACCGGAGACAGGUCCUUGGCAAAAUUAUUGGAAAAGGAAGGCUACAAAGCGAUAUCCUCCGGUUAAUUAUCGCAGCUCAUAGAAAACCGCUCUUCCAUCUUUCUUGAAACAAUCUUUUGACCGGUAGGCUUUUUUUUGGCUUCAUUGGUUUGCAUGACAAACUAUUGUAUUUGGUAUUUUUUUUCUUAUGUAUUGUUUAUGAACAGUUCUUCCAUACUGUUUUGUAACCAACGAAUAAAUUUUCAGUUAAAUAAACCUAUUUGUAUUCUA